UGCCUGGAUCCACCUGUGGCGUUUGAGAGCACAUAAAACAUUCCUCUGGUUGCGUGUGGACGGCCUUUUAAUAAUUAUUUUUCUUCGAAUGCCUUUAGCUAAAUAAAUGUUUCGCGCCUUUUUAGAGAGAAUUCAAUCCAAAGUUGACGGUUGCUGCAGCUCCAUAAAGUUUGCGAACCUCCUGUGGGUGUUUCGUUUCAUCACAUAGAUUACAUAUCCAGGUUUUGUAUUUUGUGAUCCACGUCUACAGAUGUACUUCCUGUUUCGCGUAAGUGUCCGUGACCCUUGAGCUGGUUUUAUGCGACAAUAAAAACAAAGCUGCGCACAACCGUGACGAUGUCGCGUUUGUUUGGUGAAACGUUGUAAUCAGAAUCUGAAAAGUGCGGCGUGCUUUUGACGCCAGUGCUGUGCAGAACCGCACUGGUACGUCUCGACUAACGUUAGCAGGAACCAGUCGGGGCUGAUUAAAAGAACCAGAAGACACUGACGUUCAAGACUUUCCAUAGAUUCUGAGAUUAAGACCUGGACUUUAGCUAGGCCAUUCUGACACAUGCAUGUGCCUUGAUCUGAUCCAUUCGACUGCAUCUCUGGCUUUAUGCUUCAUGUUGUUUUACCUCUGGGAGAAUAAACCUUCACCCCGAGCUGAACUCCCUUUGAUUUCUAAAAAGAGUGAUAUAAAUUUGAGCUACUAAAUAGUUUUGUUAAGGAUUUUUCAGUUCAGUAACUAAAUACAGAGAUAUUAAAGGCUGACUUAUCUACAGUGAGUUAAGAUUUUAAUAAAGGAUUCUGCAGUUAAAAAGUUUAAAAUUGGUUAUCUUUAAAAACCAUACAGUUUAUUUGUCUAUGAAUUACCAAUUGUAUCAAAAUGCUUGAAUGUUUAUUUGAUGUGGUUCAGGGAAACCUGAAAGAACAAGUGUACUUUAAUUGCUUGGAGAGCUGUUCAUUAAGGUAAGGUGAAAAACACCGGAAAUUGCUUCGCCUUCAAAAUAAAAGCGCAACAUUUCUCACACCAUUUCUAUCCAAAUGAAAGUAUCUCGGUCUUUUUUUUUCUUUUUUUUAAUCAAUAAAAUAAAACAAUAGUCCUGUGUGAGGGAAAUUAAAAAGCUUUCCACUUGAUUAUGGUAUCUUUGGACGUCUGUUUAACACUGGUAGUACAGUGGGAGCUUUAUUCAGACGCUAUGAGCGGAUACUGCUUUCACUAGACGAUGGACUUGACACUCGUGACAAAAUCAGCUGUGCGCGCCGUGGUACCCGCACAUCCAGCAGCACAUCCCGUUGAUAACUGGGAGUCGACGAGGGAGAGAGAACACCAAGGCGUUAUAAUCAUAACGCAACUGGAAAAGGAAAAAGAAGAAAAUCUUCCAGGGAAAGGGGGAGUUUUGUAUUCCACAGAGGGGGGAAAAAUGGGACAUUUGGGGAAUUCAUCCAGUCUCCGGUCUCCAGUCAUCUCCACAUUAAAGUGGAGCGGAACUCUCGGACGCGCUGCCGGACCUCUGCUGCGCCUCGGCGCGCUCCGCGAAGCAUCAACCCCACAAUGAGAGCAGCGCGGCUCUAACUAUGGGCGCGCACAUCCUGGAGUCCAACUCCAGCGCCAACCUGACGCCCGCGGUGUCCGAGGCUGGGAUCGUGCUGCCGGGCUACCUGGUGGUGAUCUUCUCGGUCCUCAUGGUGACUCUGGUGAUCGUGGUGGUGGCCGGGAACGCGCUGGUCAUCAUGGCUUUUAUCGUGGAUAAAACCCUGAGGAAUCAGAGCAACUACUUCUUUCUGAACCUCGCCAUCUCCGAUUUUCUCGUGGGUGCUUUCUGCAUCCCAGUGUACAUCCCCUACAACCUGACUGGCAGGUGGAUGCUGGGGAAGGGGCUCUGCAAAGUCUGGCUGGUCAUGGACUACCUGCUCUGCUCCGCCUCUGUCUUCAACAUUGUCCUCAUUAGUUAUGACCGCUUCCUGUCAGUCACCAGGGCAGUUAAAUACAGAGCGCAGAGGAACAUCACCCGCCAGGCGGUGCUGAAGAUGGUGGCGGUCUGGCUGCUGGCGUUCCUCCUUUACGGCCCCGCGAUCAUCUUCUGGGAGGCCAUCGUGGGCCAGAGCGUAGUCCCGGCCCACGAGUGCUACGCAGAGUUUUAUUUCACUUGGUACUUCCUGCUCAGCGCUUCGACCUUCGAGUUCUUCACACCGUUCGUGUCGGUGGCCUUCUUCAACCUCAGCAUCUACCUUAACAUCCACCGGAGGAACAAGAGCGGGAACGGCGGUGCCGAGGACGAGGUGAAGCCGCAGAGGAAGUGCAAGAAGCACAGAGACGGCGCGGGGGCCUGGUCCGUGUUUUUCGUCAAGACCCGGAAGGUGACCUCCAGCGAGCCUGCUGCUAUCUCGGCGGUCAUAGAGGACGAUGACAUUCUGUCGCCCUCCUCCAGCGGCUGCCCUGACACCAGUCAGAUUUUUGUGCAGAGGGAGAAGUUCUCUCCUCACCGGAAAAACUCCAGGCUGUUUCAGCACACGGCUUCCUGCAUGGCGCCGGGCCGGAGAGCUCCCGGAUCCCGCCUUUCCCGAGACAAAAAGAUCGCCAAGUCGCUGGCUAUCAUCGUCUGUAUUUUUGGGAUAUGCUGGGCUCCGUACACUCUGCUCAUGAUCAUCCGCGCUGCCUGUGGCGGCGAAUGUGUGGCGCACUACUGGUAUGAGAUCACGUUCUGGCUCCUGUGGCUGAACUCGGCCAUCAAUCCGUUCCUGUACCCUUUGUGCCACAGCAGCUUCCGAAGAGCUUUCUCAAAGAUACUGUGUCCUAAGAGGCAGUCGGUGCAGCCUCAAAUCGAGGUUCAGUCUUGCUAGAUGAACUCAGCUGCACAGCCAUAUUUGAAGAAUGCAGUUAGUGUUUGAUGGUCAUAUGCUGUAAACACUCAUACAAUGUUCUUCCACAAAAAAAAGGUUUCAAACCAAGAAGGCGUGUUUGCAUUUAAAGGGAUAGUUUGGUUCUUACCCUUAAAUAGGCAGGUGUCGUAUCUGUUGGUGGGUGACAUGGACUUAAACUUUUAUCACGAUAUUUUGUGAUACUAUUGCGAUAAUGAUGCAAGGUAUUACAGGGCACUGCGUAGCUGUGACUGCAAGACACAUCAAUUGUAUUUCCACAAUGCAAACGCUGCUUUUGAAAAACCAUUUUUAAUGCGCUUCUUUAGGAUACCAGUCACUAAACUUCACACAACUGCUUAAUUUUUUCACAUUUAUUGACAUUUGUUGACACUCUCUCAUCAGACAAACAGUAUAGAAAAUAGUGAAAUUAACAAUCUGACAAUAGAGACAGCUUGGGUUUUUUACUUAAGCAUCAUUAAUUGGAAUUUGUCAUGACGACAAAUCAAAAUGCUUAUAAAUAAUUUAUCAUGGUGAAAGACAAACGAUGCGCUAAAUGCACACCUCUUGUCAUAUUGUGAAGAAAUCCUAAAAGUAAUGAACGGCUAACAGCUAAUCUGACCCGCUUGCUAUUUCAGCUGUAGUUACCAAUUUAAAACAACUCAAACCAAAAAUAACAUUUCUACAGGAUACAGCACGAGAUUAGUUGAUAUUGCACGUGUAUAUUUUUUCAGGAGACCGUUGGUUGCUGUUUAAUUAGCUGAACAUGUUCUAUGUAAUUACACUAAAGCUACAUUAGCAUAAACUGCUGGCUGUUUCCCUGUCCGUUUGCUUUUUUCUCUGCCGAGGGGAAAGUAACGUUUUGGAUUAUCUGUCUGGCUGUUUUGUGCAACUACUGUAUAUCACAACAGUCUCAACUUUAUGUAAGUGUCCGGAGUAACAACGACAUUGCCUAUAGCUAGGAAAACAGCACCGAACCUAAGGUUGAUAUCGGCUAGUACCGUGUUGUAUCCCACGGACAAGAGUUGAUUUUAGUUUGAGCUCUUUUAACUCAUCCAGAACCAACUGAGCUGUGUUGUUACUUGUAACAGUUUCCUUUCCUGUGAUAGAAAAAUGUCAAAUUGCAACAACUUUGUCGAGAACUGGAUUCUUCAUCGCAAAGGAAGGUUAUUAGUUAGUAAAGCGCGACUGCUUUAUUGCUAUUAUUUUUGUCUUUCCUUCCCGAACUGCCUCAAAUUUUUUAUGAUAAAUCUUUGUUCAAUAGGGAAAGAAACUGCUGUGAACAACAACCUCGCUGCAUUUCAAGGCACCCAAGCUAUCCCUUUAAGCGAGAAUUGCCAAGACACAUUUGACAGCAAUACGACGAUGCAGAACAGUCUGGAACAUGUUUAUAACGCCGGAGUAGUGGAGUGGGGUCCCACUGAAUCUGCAUCAGUAGGUAUAAUUUCUCUUGAUGAGAGUGCCCUCAAGAGCCAGUGUCACAUCUUUUAUUUAAGCGCUGCAAAACGUUGGUUUCAAAAUGUAUGUAAACCUUCAGUGUAACCAGAUCGAGAUGGAUUAAUGUGGUUUGGGCUUCGGGAACGUAAUGUGCUAAAAAGCUGUGAGGUGAUGAUUUAUGUAGCCAGGUAGUCGGUGAUUACCAUCAUUUAGUCCAGGUUAUUACAUUAGGCCUCCUGUACAGCACAUAAAAAUGAUAAAUUGGUGUCUGUCUGAAUAGAAGCAACCAGAAAGGCUUAGACGUCGUCUUUUUUUUUCUUUUAAGACGGAAAACCUGUCAUUUGUGUCAGGCUAAUAAGAAAUAAGGACAUAAGGGUUUUUUAAUGAUUUACAACUCUGGCUGCACACGCCGUCCUUUUUCCUUUACCUUCUCGAAUCCAUAGACGAGAAAUCUCUAGCAUAUGCCUUCAAAAAGCCAAUUCAAGCUUUUCAUCGUGCAGCAAUAGAAUUACUAAUGCUCAAGUCCUCAAACAUCAAAGCACAAGAGGAACCGACUGCUGGCUGUCUUUUCUAUCGCUCGUCUUACAUUGCCUACACUACGUUUAUAUUUAAAUGAAGCUGUUGUUGAUGUCAACAAUGUCACAAUGAAAUGGAAAAACAAGAUUAAACCCUUUGUUCACUCAGACCUGUUCAAGACAAACCUUUGCCUCGUCGCAUAGAGUGAGACCUAAAUGUCAGAUACUGCUAAUAUCGUGGAGACUCGUGUCUGGGGACUGCGGGAUGUUUUGCUCUGAUAUAGAGCGUGUGGCUCUCUGGACCCAAUAGACGGUGACUCAUCUUGAAGUUUUGUCUGUUUUGCUGAGUAAUAAGGAAUCCUUUGUGUGCGAUCUGUUGGUUUUUCUCUAAAUCUGGUCAGAAGUUAACAGACAAUCAUCAUGGUUGUAAAUAUCAUCUUCGUUUUGAGCUUUUAGUGAUUGAUAUGAACAGUUUUUGCUUUAAGGUUGGAAUGAAGACACAACUUCAAACAUUUCUUGAGAACAAGUGGUAUUUAAUCCACACAGAUGAGUCUGUGUUUGUUUUGACUCCAGCCAGAUUGAGGGUCUAGGUAAUCUUUAUAAAAAUGCCAACAUGUUUCCUUUGAAGCAGUACCAACGUUUUGAAGCAUCCUGCAGGCCAUUAGGGCACUCCUUCAUGUCAAUGUAUGGGCAGAGUCCCAACUCGAAUCAACUAGAGAAUCUGUAGACGACGCUACAGAUUAGGGUGAUGGCAAGGAGGUCUUUCAACCUCAGAGACUUGGAGCUCAUCACCAAAGAUAAAUGGUCAAAUUACCAACAGAAACAUCCGUAAAGCUGCCCGGCAGCUGUCAACUAAAAUUUUCACAUCACAUUUUUAAAUUACGCAAUAAAAUUGGAUUUUCUAUCGUUUUGUGUUUUUAGAAAUGUCUGUCAUUCCCCAUCACAGACAUCUUGAAUGAAAAAUAUAUAUUUAUUUUUUUUAUCCAGCAUGUCCAAGGGUAUUCACAUUCACUCUUGGUACUAUUUGAUCAAAUAUCCCUUAGCAUCCACAUGCCUUUUGGUUUCCAUCAACAAACUGUUUAUGGCUCUAGCUGGAUAUUUGAGUGCCGUUUCCAGCGGUAUUAAUAGAGUUUUUACAAGUUUUGCCAUGCCUGGCUUUUAUUUCCUUCAGAUUUCUAACAAAGCUGAGGUCAGGGCUUGAUGUUUCCUGUUUUAGCCAUUCCUAAACUCAUUUUGACGUAGGUUUGGGAUCAUUGUCCUACUGAAACAACCAGACUGAGUCAACGUUUCUACGGUCUCGUCUUGAUAACUGCGAAAUAAUUUCCCUGCUGGGAUGAAUAAAGUAAUUCUAUUCUAUUCUAUUGAUGUCAAACAGGAUUUAAAGAUAAAGAUGAAAAAUGUUUUUGUCUUUCUCCUUAGUCCAGCCACUUUCUGUAACCACUGUGGGCAAAAUAGUCCCACAGCAUGAGGCCGGCAUUGUGCAUGACGGUACCGUAUUCUUCAAUUUGAAAGAAUCGCAUUGAGUUUUGCAGACAUUCACUUUCCCCCUCUCCCUGGAGGCCUAGUAGCUCAUUCUCAGUCUUUGUCUGGUCAUAAAACUUUUCUCUAGAAGCUCAGUUCUAUCAACUCUCUUUGGAGCAGGGGUUUAUUUUCUGGUCAGCAUAUUCUCUCACUCCAUGGCAACAUAAAGGUUGUUUCACUUCUGCUGCCUUUCCUCUGUUUGCAGAUUAUGACAAACUUGAGCUUUUGUGGUGCUCCACAUUUUCUGGAUAAUUUAUUUUAUUAUUUUAUUUUUUUUACCAUUUAUUUUAUCUGACAGUGACAUUUUGUACAAUAUUUGUUAAAACCUGAUCACAUUUAGGUCUUCCAACAUACCAAUAAUCCCAAACAAACAAUCGGGUUUUACAACAGUUAAAGUGGGCUGACAUUUAGCUUUUGAAUGGGCCUUUUUAAUAUCACGUACUCUAUUGAAAAAACAACUUGUUGAAAUGAACUACUAAUCCAGAUUAUUUCCAUGCUAAAUUUGGCAAGAAAUUUAAGAAAAUAUGCAAUUUAUUGAUUGUUCUUUGCUGUGGUAAUACCUAUUGGGAACAAAUGCUAUCCUGUUAGAAAGUAUUUUUUUUAUUAUUAUUUGGAUGGUGCCACGCUUCAAUGAAAAUGCAUUUGUGGGCUGAGUGAAAGAACAAUCCAAUCCUGUCUGCUUAUGCCAAACAGAUUAUUCUGUUACUAACCCUAUUUUAGAAGACAGCGUUUGCUCCGUUGGUAAGACGAUGUCUGCCAAUAGUUCCUGAGUCUCAUCUCGAUGCGGUUUUGCACUGCGAUUUCCUCCAGUGAUAACAAACCUUGUUUUUCACCCACACCGUCGCACCGCUGCCUCCACCAGCAGCUGUUUGGCUUCGGAAGAGAGGAUUUGGACACAAUCGACUCUGCUGCUCAACAUAAAAAGGCAUUCUCUUACAAAUCUGUAACACCAUUUCCGAUUUUCAAGCUCUAUUCCCAAAUCUGUGUUGUUUCAAUAGAGAAAUAAUCAACCAAAUUAAAAUUCCCUCACCUUUUGUGCUUAAGUUAAAUAAUUAAACCUGCAUUUAUACAGUCUUUCUCAGUUUAUGACAGCGUAGAGAUUUUAGUCUUCACCAUGUGCCAUGUCUGUUCCUGUUUAUAAAUAUCAUUGAAGUUGUUUGGUGGGGAAUCAUUUCAUUCUGGAAAUGAAAAUGCUUUAUGCAUCCUUGAGAGAGCAAAAUUAAUGUGAAACAUUCAUAUUAUAGAGGAGUGAAUGGAGAAUUUUGACCCUGAAUAUCCAAUUCACUAAAGACCAUCUGGCUCAAAUUUGAUGCACCACCAUUUGUUCAAAAGGCUUCAUAUUUUAGAUAACUCGUAUUUAAAACGUACUGUCUGUCUUCAGCCUUUAUCGGACCUCCCGAUUGAGUUGCUUCUCUUCUCUGGACUUUUUAUUUAUUAUGCAACAACGUCAGGGUUGACAUUCUUCAUAUCCAUACCAACUCAGUUAAGCCGAAAUGUUAAAAUAACCAGUUUACAGGAAAGAUUUGAAGCCACAUGUUUUAUAUUUUUGUUCAAAAGCUACGCUGGAUCUUUAAAGCUGAAUUUUAAUUUUAAUUUCGUUUAGGUAUGAUGCUCAAGUUCAGAAGUAAAUUUGGUUCUCUUACAAGAAGAUAAACAAAUCAAACGAGUUCCAGCGAAUAAAGUCGUCUCUCAUGCAAUAUGACGUCCAUUUUAUUUUCUCAUUCUGAUUUCCUAUUUUUGAAAUGCAUUUCUUUGACAGCCUGUCACUUUAAGAAAGAAAUUUCUACCCACAUUUGGCAGAGAUACACACAUCCACAUCUGUCACACACCAAACCAGUCAAAACGUCAUGCUGCUGAUCUUCAUAGAGCUCAAUGUUUUCCAUGGCAUUUAAAAAAAGCAACACAUUUUUCGCUUUCACAUUUAUUUCCUAAAAAUAUUUGAGGGGCAAGCACAUCCCCACACGGCGACGUGACAGCGGCGACGUGACAGCGGCGACUCACAACCACCCAGCAGGACAGCAGUGAAAAAUCACACAAAUUGGUGAGAAGUGGCUGAAGGAACAUUCGGCACCUAAACCCCACAGAUAGGAUCUCGAUGGGGUCAGAUGCCACUCGUGUGAUGAAGGCCCAGUUCCCAAAACAACAAAAAAAAAAAUCCCUGACCUAAAACUCCCAGAGACCAGAGGAAAUAACGUUCAUGUUGCAGUGCCAGACACUCCAGGACGCCCCGCAUGUUUUCUGUCCAUACCUUAACGAGUCUCGACUGUUUAUGGGAGAGCCACUAAAUAUUAUGUGAGUGGCCAGAAAGGCAUCCAAGUUUCUCCGUGUUUGUAGCACCAAAAAAAUACUGAUCUGAAUUUGGAUUUAGGAGUUGCAUCUGUAGAGAUAGGCUGGAAAAAAAA